CGCCGUCGGCAGCCAAUGAGUAGGGCGGCUCUCCUGCCCCGCCCCGCCUCUGGCCAGGGCACCCAAUCCUGUGCCAGGGGAGGCAGGACGCGCCAAGUCCUGAAAGAGGGGCCGGGGGAGAAUGAGGUCAGCUGUCAAUAACUUAAGACUCCGCUGGAGGGGAUUCCGAAGGGGUGAAAGCCUCAGUAGUUGAGCCGCAGCUAGAGUGGGCGAACGCGACCGGAGGGAGCGCCAGAGACCCCUUAGAUCCCUGCCAGGGCCGGGAGGGGAGGCGGAGGCCCGAGGGCUGCUUGGAAGAUGGUGCCCUAAGAAGCAUCCCCUGAGUUGGGCACCCAUGGCAUCCCAAGACAAAGAUGUGGGGCCCCCGCUGCCCUCUCCCUGGGCCUCCCAGGCAGGACCUUGGGAGGCCAUCCUCGCGGCCGUCAGGGAGCAGCUUCCCUCACUAGACUCGGAUUCCUCCUCGUCGGACCAAGGGGAGGAGGAGCUGUUCAUCUUCCAGCGAAACCAAACCGUCCUGGUUCCGGACUUGUCUGAGGAGCUGGCUGGAGACACUUCUGGGGCCUGCGGCGCAAGAGCCAACAAUCCUGAGCCAGCUGUGGAGCCUGCGGGAUUCGCCGCAGAGCCCUGGAGUGCAUGGGACGCGAGGGCGACGGAUGCAGCCUCUCUGGAGAGAAGGGACCCUGCUGGGCCCUUGGAGAGCUGUGGGGAGGUCAGCUCCCUCCUCAGGAGGCCCGAGGACCUGCCCACAGGGCAGGAAGGUGACCUUGGGGCCAUGUCCUUCAAUACCCAGAAUCCUCCCUGGAGGCCGCAGGGAGAAGCCACCCUGUACCCCUGUGAAGGAGACCCAAAGACAGAGCCCCCGAGCGCUGCCCCACAAGCCCAUCAGAGCUCAGACUCCGAAAACCGCAGAGCCCUCCAGAGAGAGAGAAGGAAGAUGAUCGAGAAAGACAUACUCCAUAAAGUCCCAUGGCACCCCGGGGACCCAGCCUGCAGGGGCCGAAGUGGAGUGGAGAUGCCCUGGGAAGCUGCAGCCUCAGUUCCGAGGCCAGAAAUGCCACCAGAGGCCCCCCGGGGAGGACAGCUGAUGCUCUCCCUGCAGCAACUUGAAGAGUUGGAUGCGGACCACAUUCUUCAGAGUCCGGCAGGGCAGGAGGAUGGCCGGGACGGGGGCGCACCCGGAGCCGCGCGGGCAGCUGACUGCCAGAGCCAAGCAGGCCACCCUGUGCCGAGCGCCCAGGACAGGCUCAUGGAACGGCUCGCCCUCCUGUGCGCCACACAGUCCAGAGCCCCUUCCUCUGCCAGGAAGGUGCCUGCUGACAUGCCCCAGGGCACCAAGCAGCAGGAGGCUGGAAGCAGAUGUGCUUCAGUGGGGCCGGGCCCCGUGCUGGCAGCGGGCAGGUGGCUAAGGAGCCCCGCAGAGCCUCCCACCGUCUUCAUCGAUCUGCGGCCAGCAGAGCCAGCGGACCUGGGGUCAUCGGAAAGCUCCAGCUCCUCUGAAGAGGAGAGAGAGCUUCUCAGGGACCAGCGAGGCCUGGCGCAGCAGGCGUCUCAUUCCUCCCAGGGGCUACGGGACUGUACCGGGAAGAGCCAACUUCUCCAGCAGCUCAGGGCCUUUCGGAAGGGGACGCCUCCGCCUGGGCUGCCCGCCCCCAAGGGUCCCCGCGGCCAGAAGGCUCAGGCCCCUGAUGAGACAGCCGGAUCCAGAACUGGGAGGGAGCAACAUGUAACAGUCUGGGCUGCGAGGGAAAGUGCCCAGGCCAGACCCUCAGGAGGAAGUCCCAGGACCCCAGGGGACCCUCUAGGGCCAGGGACAGCCAGGGAGGCCCUGGUGCCACCCCUGGGCCAACUGUAGUGCGUCUGGGACGGGCUCUGAGGAGGCCAGCAGCACGCCCGGCUCCGGGGGUCCCCUUGCUCUCCCAUGUCUCUGUUAGCAUGCCCUUGUGCAGGGCGGGGACCCUCAGACUGGGGUUCGCCAGCCCUCUACUAGGAUUUGGUCAGAGCAUUUGCAUGCAUUUGGAGCAAAGAUGCCAAUACCAACCUGCACGCAGAGGAUGAUGACCCUACGCCGGCUCUGCUCUGGCCGUGGGACUGAGACGCUUUCCGU